ACCUGGUCUGGGGGUUGGCAUGAAAUAGCGCUCCGGAUUGAGAAGGAGUCUUUACUCUCGCUAGCUGCGCUUUUCGCUGCUACUCGAUACUUUAAGCAGGACAAAGCUGACUCGGGAACUUUGGCUUAAUCGCUCCUCCUCCCUUUUGUAUUGUUUGUAGCGAAGGAACUGUUUGAAUGCUACAAGCUGCUGCGGGGGCAUUUUGUUCUCUUGCUGAGCCUGCCUCCUCAAAGUCGAAGCGUGGGCGGCAGGCAGGCGGUCACGCAGCUCUCCGCAGCAGCAAAGCCAACAAGAAAGGGCUUUUCUUAGUCGGCGUGCGAAGAGGCGCACUUUGAAAACUAGAGAAUGGCUGGAUUUCCCUGGGAGGGAAAGGGGGGUGGAUUUAAAGUCCUAGUGGCGACCCUUUCCGUGGCCUUGGUUUAUUCGUAUAACAUCGAUCUGGAUCAUCCCGUGAUUUAUCAAGGACCCAAUAACUCUUUCUUCGGAUACUCGGUGCUGGAGCAUUAUUACGACAAUACUCGAUGGGUCUUGGUUGGCGCCCCAAAGGCAGAUUCUAAGUACAGUGCUUCUCUUAAGUCCCCAGGAGCUGUAUUUAAAUGUCGGGUUCACACUAACCCUGAUAGGAGGUGCACAGAGCUGGAUAUGGGUCGAGCUAAUCUUCGAGGAACAUUAUGUGGAAAGACAUGUAAAGAAGAUAGAGAUGAUGAAUGGAUGGGUGUCAGUCUCGCAAGACAGCCAAUGAUUGGAGGAAGUAUAUUGGCCUGUGCCCAUCGUUGGAAAAAUGUCUAUUAUGAAACUGAGUACAUCCUUCCUCAUGGUUUUUGCAACAUCAUCCCUCCCAACCUUGGAUUGAAGGGUAAAAAAUUAAUGCCUUGCUAUGAAGAAUAUAAGAAAAAAUAUGGUGAAGAGCAUGGCUCAUGUCAGGCUGGAAUAGCAGGUUUCUUCACAGAGGAGUUGGUUAUCAUGGGAGCUCCAGGGUCUUACUAUUGGACAGGAACGAUCAAAGUAUUGAAUCUAACUGAUAAUACAUAUUUCAAACUGAAAGACGAAUCUGUGAUAGCCAAGCGUUACAUAUAUCUAGGAUAUGCGGUGGCAGCAGGUCACUUCUCGCAACUGAUGACUACGGACGUCGUUGGAGGAGCUCCCCAGGAUGGAGGCAUUGGAAAGGUUUGGCUGUUGAUCAAACUUCAGCUCAUAGUUUGUCCAAGAGAAAAUGGACAAAAGGUAUACAUAUUCCGCACAGAUAGGAAUUCUGGCUCUUUGAUCAAAAUCUUUCAGGCUUCUGGUAAAAAGAUGGGCUCUUACUUUGGCUCCUCCUUAUGUGCAGUUGAUCUGAAUUCUGAUGGACUUUCAGACCUGUUGGUGGGAGCACCCAUGUUUUCUGAGAUUCGGGAUGAAGGUCAAGUCACUGUGUUCCUCAGCAGAGGAAAUGGAGUUAUGGAAGAGCAACGUGUUCUGGAUGGCAAUAAUGCCUACAAUGCACACUUCGGGGAAAGCAUGGCAUCCCUUGGGGACAUUGAUGAUGAUGGAUUUCCAGAUGUUGCCAUUGGUGCUCCUAAAGAAGACGACUAUGCAGGAGCAGUAUAUAUUUAUCAUGGAUACAUUGGGGGCAUCAUUCCUCGAUAUUCCAUGAGGAUAUCUGGAAGGAAGUUAAAUCCAUGGUUGCAGAUGUUUGGCCAAUCCAUUUCUGGAGAAGUUGAUAUGGAUGGAAAUGGUUAUCCAGAUGUGACAAUUGGUGCCUUUAUGUCAAACAAUGUAGUUCUUCUAAGAUCACGGCCUGUCAUUACCUUGGAUAUUUCAAUUUUCCUGCCAGCAUCCAUUGACAUCACAGCUCCUCAGUGUCAUGAAGGCUUACAACAAGUGAAUUGUCUGAAUAUCACUAUCUGCUUCAGUUUCAAAGGCAAACAUGUUCCAGGACUGAUAGAUUUGAAUUAUAAUUUGACAUCCGAUGUGGCAAAGAAAGAAAAAGGAUACCCAAUCAGGGUUUAUUUCAUUUCUUCUGGAGAAGCAACGGGCCAGAUCACAGAACAAAUGCAGCUUUCCUAUAUGCAGAAACAAUGCAUAAACUACUUAGCUUUUGUAAAGAGAAGAGUCAAAGAUGUGAUAUCACCAAUUGUCUUUGAAGCUACAUAUAGCCUUGGGGAACAUAUUGUGGAAAAGGAGGAAAAAGAAUUACCUGCUCUCAAGCCUGUACUCCGAUGGAAAAAAGGCCAGAAAAUGUCACAGAGAAACCAGACUAUUUUUGAAAGAAAUUGUCAGUCAGAUGACUGUGCUGCUGACCUGAAACUCCAGUGUAAACUCUUCCUAUCUUGUAUUGAUGACAGGGCUCCUUAUCUGGCUUUGGGAGCUGUGAAGAAUAUCUCGCUGAACAUCACCAUCUCUAACAUUGGGGAUGAUGCUUAUGACACAAACAUCGCUUUCAACUUUUCUAGAGAGCUUUUCUUUAUCAAAAUGUGGCAAAAGGAUGAGAUGGGUACUGCUUGUGAAUUGUUGGAACCGGAUUCAGACUUCCUUAAGUGCAGUGUGGGUUUUCCCUUCAUGAAAUCUAAAUCCAAGUAUGAAUUCAGUGUUAUUUUUGACACAAGCCAUUUAUCUGGGGAAGAAGAAAUUCUUUCAUUCCUUGUAUCUGCUCAGAGUGGGAACUUGGAACACAAUCUUCAGGACAAUUCUCUCAUGUUGACAGUUCCCCUGAUGCAUGAAGUGGAUUCAUCCAUCACUGGAUCAGUGUCUCCCAGUUCUUUUAUUUAUGGCGAAUCAGUGGCAGCAUCUCAGUUUGCAAAGCUGGAAGAUUUUGAGUGUCAUUUUCAGGAGUUAAAUUUUACUCUUCAGGUCUAUAAUGCUGGCCCAAGUCCCCUUCCUGGAUCUUUUGUUGACAUUUCAGUUCCAAAUCGUCUGUCAGCUACUGGAGCUGAUAUGUUCCAUAUUCGACAUAUGAUGGUUGCUCAGGACAAAGGAAACUGCUCUUUUCAGAAUAACUCAACACCAUGUGUCAUUCCUCAGGAAAAGGAGAAUAUUUUUCACACAAUAUUUGCCUUUUUUACCAAGUCUGGGAGGAAAGUACUGGAUUGUGAAAGACCAGGCAGGUCCUGCUUAAUUAUACGGUGUAAUUUAAGUUCACUAGCAAAAGCUGAAUCCCGUAGCAUAGAUAUGCAAAUGCUUUUGAAUACAGAGAUAUUAAAGAAGGAUACCUCAUCAGUGAUUCAGUUUGUAACACGAGUAAAGGUGAGAGUGGACCCAAGCAACCGGGCAAUUGAAGUACCUAAUGCGAAUUCUGAAUAUGCUACACACAAAGUCCUGAAGCAUGUGGCAACAAAAGUACUUAUAUUCUUUUCUUUAAUCAAAACAGUCAAUUUAGUUAUUUCUGCCAAAUCCAUCAGCUUCUGUAGCGAUCGUCCACGGUGGGAAUUGAAAUGUCCUUUCAUUUUUCUGCGAACAUAGUCUUCCUACUAUCAACAUGUAUAAGAUCAAAGUUCCAAUUUUUUUCUCCAAGUCUUUUUCCAUUAAACCCAAAAGAAAAGUUUCUGGUUUCAUCUUUAUCUUCGUUUUAAGAAUUUUCUGUACUAAAAUAUGAAUCUUGGGCUUUCUGCCAAAAAGACAGCUCAGAGACAAUUUGAGGAAUGUUUUGAAUAUUAUUGAAAAUUUACAAUAUUAUAAUGAGAAACAGGCAGCCUUAAUAUUUCUAGAUGCAGAGAAGGCCUUUGACAAUUUAAAUUUAUGUUUAAAGUGCUGGAAAAAAUGGACUUUGGAGAAAACAUUAUUCAAGGAAGCAAAGUGAUACAUCACAGAAAGCCAAAAUUGUCAUUAGUGGUGAUUUAACUAACUCAUGUCAAAUUCAAAAGGGUACGAGACAAGGAUGUCCCUUGUCCCCUCUGCUGUUCAUCUUGGUGUUGGAAAUGUUGAAUAGAGAUAUUAGGCAAGGUGAUAAAAUAAGAGGUAUAAGUAUCAAGAAAGAAGUUGAGGCCAUUUGCUGAUGAUCUGUUUAUAUUCUUGCAAGAUCCAAAAGAUAAUAUAAAAUAUUUGAUGAGGAAAUUAAAUGAGUUUGGGGCUUUAGCGGAUUUUAAAAUAAACAAACAGAAAAAAACAAUGUUGAUUAAGAAUAUGCCAUCUCAGGACAGUGAUAUAUUAACUAAAAAGCCAGGUUUUAGAGUUGAGAAAAAAAGUGAAAUACUUUUUUAUUUGUUGACAAAUACAAAAUUGCUUCAAAAUAACUAUGUCCCUCUUUGGAGGGAUGUUAAAAAGGACUUACAAAGAUGGGACAAACUGCAUUUAUCACUAUUGGGUAGAAUUUCUGUAAUUAAGAAGGACAUCUAACCAAAGAUGCUUUUUUAAUUCCAGACAUUACCAAUACUUGCAAUGAUAAUCCAUUUAAAGGCAGAGGGAUAUUUCUAAAUUUAUAUGGCAAGGGAAAAAACCAAGAAUUAGAUACAAGCUAUUGGAAGAUAAAAGUAAAGAGGGGGUUUGGGUUUACCAGAUUUAAAACUGUAUUUUUAUGCAUGCUGUCUGGCCUGGUUAAAAGAGUGUGUGAACCUCCAAAACAAGAGGCUACUUGAAUUGUUCGGCCCGGCAUUGCUGGCAGGGUGGUAGGGUGCGACCUGGGCAUGCCUGAUGCCCAACCCAUCCAGGAACAUCUGAAAAACAGCUGAGGCGAACUAUGGCCUGUUAUCCGAAACUACCACAUCAGGCAAACCAUGGGUGGCAAACAACUUGCGAAGGGCCCUGAUGACAGCCUCAGAAGUGGUUGAUGCCAUAAGAACUGCCUCCACCCAGUUAGAAUACGCAUCAACCACUAUCAGGAAGUUGAGCCCAUGGAAUGGCCCAGCCAGGUCAAUAUGAACCCGGGACCAAGGACUCCUGGGGGUCUCCCACACUGUAGGCGUUAAAAUAGAGUUAAAAUAAACAAUAAUGGUGAUAAAGACAUCCCUGUCUUGUUCCUUUCGCAAUCUUAAAAGGUUCUGUUAAGCUACCAUUGAUUAUAAUCUGUGCUGUUUGCUCUCCAUAAAUUGCCCUAAUUAUUCUUAAAAAACCAUCUCCAAAUUGCAUCUUUUCUAUUAAUUUAAAUAAAAAAUCCCAAUGCAAUCGAUCAAAAGCUUUCUCUGCAUCGAGAAAAAUAAAUGCUGCUGGAAUAAAAUUUUUCUUUUCUAAGUACUCCAAUAAAUUAACAAUCUGCCUAACAUUAUUCCUCAUCUGUCUCUCUUUUAUAAAUCCAGAUUGAUCAUUAUGAAUUCUUCGCUGCAGAAUCAAUAUUAAUCUAUUAGCUAUUAUUUUAACAAAAAUCUUAUAAUCAUUAUUUAAAAGUGAGAUUGGCCUAUAGUUCCCAGGUUUAGAAUAAUCCUGUUCCUCUUUUGGUAUCAAUGAAAUAAAAGAGGUUCUCCAUUAGGGGGGAAUUCCCCCUCCUAGUUGUAUCUGAUUAAAUAAUUCCUUAAGUGGACCUAACAUCUCAUCCUGUAAAUUCCUAUAAUAACUAACUGUGAGCCCAUCCGUACCAGGAGAUUUCCCCAUUUUUAAUUGUUUAAUUACCAAAAUAAUUUCUUCAGAGGUUAUAGGCUGAUUCAGUUCAUCCGUUUGUUCUAAAGUUAAAUUUUUAACCUUAUAUUCCUUCAAAUAAAUAUCAAUAUCCCUAUUCAAUAUAUUAUCUUUAAGAUAUAAAUUUGUAUAAUAUUCUAAAAAAGCUUUUUUAAUUUUAUCCUGUUGAUAUCUCUCUUUGCCUUUGUAUUCUAUUUUUUCUAUAGUACGUUGUUUUUGUCUUUUCCUUAAGGUAUAUGCUAACCACCUACCAGGUCUAUUUGCGUUACAAAAAGUAUUAUGUUUGGCAUAUUGUAUAUUUGUUGCCACCUGAUCAGCCAUUAUCAUAUUAAAUUGAUUCUGUAGUAACUUUAUUGCAUCUUUAAGUUUUUGAUCAUGUGGAUUAUGUAUUAAUAAUUGUUGUUUCUUAUAAAUUUCCUCUUCUAGAUA